AUGCGUCGGCCGCGGCGGCAUCGCUGGCUGACAGUGUCGGUGUUCUUCAUCGCCUACUCGGUGCUGCAGGCCGUGUUCACGUCGUCCAACGCCUCGGAGCCCUUGGAGCCCCUGGAGGCUCCCGAAGCGAGCGAGAAGACCACGCCGAUGCCUGAUGUUAAGGAGGAAACUGCUAGUAAAGGCGAUGUCGGCGUUGAUGUAGAGUUGACCAGUCAAAAGGCGACUGAGAGGGAUCCAGGCGAGAGUGAGGAGGAGACCUCUUCGGAACGAGGGGAGGAGGACGAAGACAAGAAGACUUCUAAAGAUGCUGGGUACAAUGAGGAUGAGGAGAUGACAAAGCUCCGAGAGAAAGAAAGCAAGGCGGCGCAUAAGGCUCUUAUUCCCACCGUCCACCCCCUGAGGAAAGACUGCACCCCGCCUGCCAUUGAACAGUUCCCCAAACCACUGAUGGGCCAGAACGCUCGCAAGCACGGCGGGCUGAUCCUGCACAUCCUGGUGGCCGUCUUCACCUUCAUCGGACUCGCUAUCGUGUGCGACGAGUACUUCGUCUCCAGUCUGGACAGGAUCUGCGAAGAACUCCAGCUAGCUCCCGACGUGGCCGGUGCUACCUUCAUGGCUGCCGGCAGUUCCGCGCCCGAGCUGGCCACCGUCAUCAUCGGAGUCUUCUGCGCUCAGGAUGAUAUCGGUGUGUCAGGCGUGAUCGGCUCUGCAGUGUUCAACAUAAUGUUCGUGAUCUCAGUUUGCGCGCUGUGCGCCGGCACCGUCUCGCACCUCAACUGGUGGCCGCUGUGCCGCGACUGCUUCUUCUACGCUCUCUCCAUCCUCGUCAUGCUGUGCACGAUCUGCAAUGGAUUCGUUUCUUGGCCCGAAGCCCUGUUCAUGCUGAUCAUGUACGGCGUGUACUGCAUCGCGCUGCGCUUCAAUACGGCGCUGGAGCGCUGGGCCAUGACGCUGCCGCUGCCCUUCAAGCUGCCCACCAGGGAGGAGCAGGCUGCUCUGGUCACUUACAAGAGCGCUGUCGGCGCUCCGCCCGCGUCCGCGCCAGGCGUCGAGGGCCAGUACACCCAGAUGGAAGGGCAGACCAAAGAGACGCCCCUGCAGAACCCCCCACCUUACAAUCCUGAUGCGGCGUAUGAUAACGUAGCGUACAACGCGGACCCGGCCCAAAUGUGGGACCCGAAUCAGGAGUGGGACCCCAACACUGCGUGGAGUAGCGAUCAGCCGCAAGCCGUCGCAGCCCCGGCGAUGAGCUGGGGCGCGCACGCGCAGUCGGUGACGUCACCCGAGCAGCCGCAGCAACAACAGCAACAACAACAGCAGCAGCAGCAGCCGCAGCAACCACCACAGCCCGCCGCCGCGCCUGCGUACUACAAGGCCAAGGAGUACAACCCCGAGACCGCCGUCAACCCUCUCGUCAAGCCGAUUGGAGCCAACCCAAUGCAGUUGGCCUGCUGGUACGUGGCGUACCCGAUCCACUGGUCGUGCCGGCACACCAUGCCCGACUACCGCGGCCGCUGGUACCCCGUCACCUUCAUCGUCUCCAUGCUGUGGAUCUCAUUCUACUCCUACUUUAUGGUGUGGAUGAUCACUAUCAUCGGCUACACGCUGGGCAUCCCGGACACGGUGAUGGGGCUGACGUUCGUGGCGGCCGGCGUGUCCGUGCCCGACGCGCUCUCCUCGCUCGCCGUCAUCAAGGAGGGGUAUGGCGACAUGGCGGUGUCCAACGCGGUGGGCUCCAACGUGUUCGACAUCCUGGUGUGCCUGGGGCUGCCGUGGUUCAUCCAGACCGCCAUCAUCCAGCCCGGCAGCCACGUCAACGUCAUCAGCAAGGGUCUCAUCUACUCCACCCUGUCCCUAUUCUCCACGGUGGUGUUCCUGGUGGUAGCCACCCACGCCAACGGCUGGAAGCUGGACCGCAAGUACGGCGCCGUGCUGAUGGUGUGGUACUUACUCUUCAUCACCCUGGCCAGUCUCUACGAGCUGAACGUCUUCGGAAUGUUCAACCCGCCCGACUGCAUCUCUAGCUACUAAAUAGUUAACUUGUAGCGGUUGUUUUUUGGCCUUUGAUAAGUGACAAGUUUGAAACCACCUAAAGCCCGAAAAUGUUUUGAAUAACA